AUGCAAGAUGAUAAAACGAAACUGAAUAAUCUAGAUAAAGUAGUAGAUGGAUUGGAUCAAUCUACUGCAGCAAGGAAGUCGUUAAUGGACGCAGAAUUAUCAAUGUCUAUUAAUAUAAUAAAAUUUGUUCGAAAAGAAGCACCAACCUUCGAAAAAGAUAUUUCAUUUGCAAUAGAUCCACUCCAGAAAGUUGUUAAAUUAGAAGAAUCAGAACUAACUUCAGAAAUUCGACUUGCAGAAGAUUUAAAUGAUAUAAUUAUCAGGAAAAGAGUAAUAACUAGAUUAGAACAAGAGCAGAAAUCAGCAGCUGAUGCAUAUAAACAAUCCAAACUUGAUUUUGAAAAUGCAAAACAUCUUUUGCAAAUGGAAUACAAUAAAAAAUCAACAGGAAAGCAGUUAGAAUAUGCCGAAUAUAAAUAUAAGCAAGCAAAGACUGCUCGGAUUGAUGCUUUAGAAAAGUUAAGAGCUUCAACUCAAAAAUUACUUGUAGAAAAGCAGAAAUUUUCAAAAUUCAUGUUAAACAGAAUAUCACAUGGAUUUACACAAUAUGGAAAUACAAUAAAUCAAACAUCUCAACAAAUAUCAGAAUUAUAUUCUCAAAUGACGACUAGUUUUUCGCAAAUCAGAAACCAAAUAGAAGUGCUUUCGCAAAGUAAUAUAGUUAACAUGCCAGAACAAAAUUCUACCUCAUCUUCAAAUUCAAAUUCAAUUUUCCAGGCAAUUAAGAAUCCAUUUGAUGAUUUGCGCUCUUAA